AUGGAUUCUCAAGGUUGGGGAUUUGCACAACCCAAUAAGGACAAAGAAGAUGGAGAUGACCAACAACAACCCUCUUGGUCUUCUUUUGGUGGCUUCCAGCAGCCUACUCAAGAUAACAAUGAUGCACCACAAGUGCAGGAGAAUACCUUCGGAGGAUGGGCUUUUGGAAAUGACCAGAAGACAUCUCAGAAUGACUCUGAACCAGCUAGCUCAGAACCUGCUGAAGAUACAACAACUAAUGGAUGGUGGGGCGGUAAUUCCUUCAGUCCUGAAAAAUCUACUGGAGAGAAAGAACCUGAACAAGUGGUUCCUAGCUGGGGCAAUUUUGGUCAAAAUGCAUUCGAACAAGCUCCUUCAGAGCCUGAGUCACAGGAAAAUAAUGGAUUUGAUCACCCUGACUCCUCUUCAAAGACCCCAGAGCUUAAGGAACCCGAAACAGCAGAGAAGGCUGAAGAUAAGCAAAGCUUCGUAAAUAAUGAACAAAAUAAGGAAACGCAAGACAACUCUCCCAAAUCAGGUAACAUCGAGAAUACUUCUGAGAAAGCAGACAGCUCUUUUGAGGAUUUCAAGGAUCCAGAUAUUGAUCCUCCUGCUCAGGAGAGCUCUGAGAGCAAGGCCAGUCAGCCAGAAGGAGAGAUUAAUAAAAAAGAAGACCCUCAACAGCAUGACAACCAAGAAGAGGCUAAACAAGAAUUUUUAAAUAACGAAGAAUCCUCUGAAGACGGUCAGAUUAAGCAAAAUGAGCCCUCCCAAGAGGAAAGUGAUGGAUUUGAUGAUUUUGAGGACCCACAAACACCUCCUCAAGAAAUAUCUAACAAGGAAGACACUUCAUCUAAAGAUGGCGAAGGAGAUUUGAAUAAAGAAGAUACCCAUGAGGCUCAAGUUGAAAAGCAAGACCUUCAAGAGAGUAUUCAGGAAGACACUAAAUCUCAGGAAGAAGUGAAGGAGCAAAAGCUUGAAAUUGAUGAGCAAGUUCUCGAGAGCACAUCCCAAGUAGUGGAAGAAAAUGAUCAUAAAGAAAUUGAAAUUGAGCAAAUACAGAAUACUGAAACUCCUGCUCACCAAGACUUGCCAGUAGAGGAACCAAAAGUUCCAAGUAACAAUGAAGCUGACUCUGAUCAAGAUUCUACUAAUAUUAAAGCCCAGCUAUCUUCAGAGUCAUUGGAGGAGGAAACCUCGCCACAAGAUCAGAACAUGCAAAAUCCUACAGAUCAUGAUCAUCCAGAACAGGAAAGUCUUGAACAAGUGGAGACCAGUGACAGCAAAGAAGAAGUUAAGCAAGGUGAUGAACUAAUUGAAAAAGCCCAAGAACCUGAAGAAUCAGUAGAAGCCGGUAGCGAUUCGAAUCAUGAACAGUCAGAAGGUGAAACCGAACAUCAGGAAAAAUUAGAGUCUGAACAUAAAGCUACAAUUGAACCUCAACAUAAAGUUGAAACGGAACUUGAAGCUGAGCCUAAAGCUGAGCUUGAAGCUGAGCCUGAAGCUGAGCCUAAAGCUGAGCCUAAAGCUGAGCCUGACGCUGGGCCUAACGCUGAGCCUGAAGAUGAGCCUGAAGAUGAGCCUGAAGCUGAGCCUGACGCUGAGCCUGACGCUGAGCCUGACGCUGAGCCUGAAGCUGAGCCUGAAGCUGAACCUGAACCUGAACCUGAAGCUGAACCUGAAGCUGAGGGUGAAGCUGAGCCUGAAGCUGAAGCUGAACCUGAAGCUGAGGGUGAAGCUAAUUCUCAUGAAAAAGAAGUGGAACAAGAACUUCCAAAAGAGAGUAUUCAAGCUGAAGAAUCUCAAUCUCAAGAAGAAGAUAACGAGAAUAAUAAAGAGACAGAAAAUGAACCUGCUACAGAUGAGACUUCUGCAGAAGCUCAACAACAAGAGAAGAUUAAUAAAUCUGAAGAGGAAAAUGGCCAAGAACAAGAUCAACUCGAAGAAGUUGAGAACGAACAAAUCUCGGAAGACAAAUGUGAGGAACAAAAAUCUGAAGCCAAAGAAGAGGCAGAUUCAACCCUUGAGGGAGCAGAGGUUAAGGUCAAGGAAAUGGCAAUGGCUACAUCUUGAGCAGUGGCUGAGCCUGAGCCAACCAAGGAUAUUAAGCCUAGUGAGGAAACCUCGAAAGAGAAAGAGACACAACCAAAGGAAGAUAAUGAUUCAGAUGAUAUUCAACAACCAGUAGAGCCUCAAAAGGAUGAAGAUGAUGAUGACUCUUUCGAUGAUUUUGCUGAGCCAGAGAAGGCUCCUUCGGAUCAAUCACCUGAAGAAGCUGCUCCUCAGAAGGAUGAAGAUGAUGAUAGUAGCUUCGAUAAAUUUGAAGAGCCUCAACAACCUCCAGAGAGUUCAGAAAGCGAUAAGAUCGAAAUCAAGGAAGACGAAGACGAAGGAAGUUUCAAUGAUUUUGAAGACCCAGAGGAGAAAAACAGUAGUUUUGAAGACUUUGCCGAACCUGAAAAGAAGGUAGAACCUGAGCCUCAAGCCCAGGAUCAAGACAGCUUUGAAGAUUUUGCAGAUCCUAAAGACAAAAAUGAUAGCUUCGAUGAUUUUGAAGACCCUGUAGAAGCUGACGAGCCAGCUAAGUCUGAAGAAUUAGAAGAUCCACAGAUGAAGAAGACUAAAACUGAGGGGGACAAUAAGCAAGAUGAUGAUGAUUUUGAUGAUUUCGCAGAUCCCGAAGAGUCUAAACAAGAUACAUCCGAAUCCAAUACAGACAAUGGUUCCACAGGGGUUGCUGGCCACCUAAAAUCUACUUCUUCAAACUCGUCCAUCCAGUCUUCACCAGUUAAGGCCUCGGCAAAAGGGAUGUUCUCCUCAUCUCUGAGUGAUUUCAAGAAGGACCUUCAAAUCUUUAAAGAAAAAGACGUCAGAUUCGCUGCCUUUGAUUACCGCUCAGAAAGUUACAAAACUUUGGCUGAAGAAUGAGGCAAAGAGAUUGAAGACUUUGAGGAUAAGGGAGACAUGGGGUCUUCCUACUCUAAUCUCCACUCUAUCAGGGACAUCUUUGAAAACAAAGCUACAACUUCAAUGAUGAUGAAAGACACGGGAGCUCAGUUCAAAAAGACUCAGAAUUUUAGUGUAAAUACGAGGUAUGUCAACCUAAAAAUUACGGGGAAGAGGUUACCAAAAGUCGAGGAGAGCGCACAGAUUCUGGAUUUGGACUUUGAAUCAGCAGACACUGAAGCUGCAGAUUUUGAAAAGGACAUUAUCAAAGUGCUAAACACACAUAUGAGGAGCUCUAAAUGGGAUGACUGAUGGACAAGCGAGCACAUCCAUUCGUUCAUCAAACUUGACCCCAUCUCUCCAGGGAGGUCCAGGAAGCUCUUCACAGAAGAGCUUCAUACAGACAGACCUAAUGAAAGCAUGGAAGAGUACAAGGACGAAAUGAAGUUGAUGAGGCCUAAGGACGUCCAUGACAGCGAGGAAGACAUUGAAGAUGAGCCGCCAAAGAAGGAAGAAUCCAAAGAGCCAGAGCCUAAAGCUUUCUAUGAUGGAUGGGGAGAUAUUGAUUUUACUAAGAACAACUCGCCAGCUCAGAAGAUUAAGAAGAAGGAAUCUUCAAAUAACCAUUCCUUGAUUGAUCAGACUUUUGAAAAAUAUGGAAUUAAGCCUAAUUAUGAACAAAACUCAGAUUUUAACAAUGGCAUGGAAAUACACAAAGUUGAGGAAUCAAUUGCAGUCAAGUUAUUGAAAAAGGUUCCUGAUUAUGCUUUCUUGAUCGACAAGAACAUCUGCUUCCCAGAUGACUUCUUCGGAUAAAUUUAUUAAUGAUUUAAAUCAA